AUGGUCGCCAAGUCGUUCCUCACCCUCGCCUCCGCCGGCCUCGCCGCCGCCCACUACAGCAUCCUCUACCCCGACUGGCGUGCCGACACGCUCGAGGACACCGAGGAGACUGGUUACAGCCAGUGGACGUGGCCUUGUGGUGGUGUCGAGUACGGCAGCGGCAACAGGACCGACUGGCCCCUGACCAACGGCUCGAUCGCCUUCCAGCUCGGCCACGCCUUCAACUACGCCUUCAUCAACGUCGGCCUCGAGGACCCCACGACUGGCAACAUCACCUCGUUCAACAUUUCUCUGACGCCCCAGCUCACCAACACAUCCGGACACGGCACCCUCUGCCUCGACAGCCUCACCCUGCCCACCGACCUCAACAUUGAGGACGGCACCAACGCCUCGAUCCAGACCAUCAUGGUCGGCCCCUCGGGCCAGGCCCCAGUACAACUGCGCCGAUAUUCGUCUGACCUCCCAGGCCUGCCCGGCCCCGCCGAGGGCGAGUGUGUCACCGAGGACGCCGAGGUCGUCGUCAUCAAGGGCGAGGGGCAGCGGCUCGUCUGA